UUCAGUAUGGUCAGCGUAAAAUUAAAAAGGCAGAAAUGAGAAAUCAUGGGAUUAAGAUAGAAACAGAGUAUGAUGGUGAAGAUAAACCUGAUUCAUCUAAUUUUCAAAUGAGUAAUGGAUCCAAUACAGUAAUUAGCAGAGAAGGUGUGCAGUUAGUUCCCAAUCCUGAACAAAUGAAAGGCAACAUACCUAGAAAUAGGUCUUUCAACACUUUUCAAACAGAAUUCAAGCUAGAUGAUGCAAUGCAUUUCAUUAAAGCAGGAGUAGAAGCAAUUAUUGAAGAUGAAGUAACCAAAAGAUUUACUGCUGAAGAAAUUCGUUCUUGGAAUUUACUAACAAGAACUAAUAAAAAUUAUCAUUAUAUUAGUUUAAGAUUAACAAUAUUAUGGGGACUAGGAUUCUUGCUAAGAUAUUUUCUUCUGCUUCCUUCAAGGAUUUUAAUUACAUUUAUUGGUGUCGGAUGGCUGGUCAUGUGUACAGCACUGAUUGGUUGUAUUCCCGAAGGAAGAGUAAAAAGAUUUUUGUAUUGGCAUGUUAGUUUAAUGUGUUUUCGUGUUUUGGGAAGAGCUUUCUCUGCUAUUGUGACUUAUCAUAACAGAGAAAACAGAGCAAAGGGAGGAGGAAUAUGUGUUGCUAAUCAUACAUCUCCAAUUGACGUUGUGAUAUUGGCUAGUGACAAUUGUUAUGCCUUGGUUGGACAACGUCAAGGAGGAUUCCUAGGAGUUCUUCAAAGAGCAUUGGCUCGAGCAACUUCACACAUUUGGUUUGAACGGUUUGAAAUGAAAGACCGAGCAAUAGUUACAAAGAGAUUAAGCGAACAUGUAGAAGAUCCUGAGAAAUUACCUAUUUUAAUAUUUCCAGAAGGAACAUGUAUCAAUAACACUUCAGUCAUGAUGUUUAAAAAAGGAAGUUUUGAAGUUGGAGGAACAAUAUAUCCUGCUGCAAUCAAGUAUGAUUCCAAAUUUGGAGAUGCUUUUUGGAAUAGUAGUCAGCAAGGCUAUGUACAUUAUUUACUUAUGAUGAUGACUAGUUGGGCUAUUGUUUGUGAUGUUUGGUACUUACCACCAAUGACAAGACAGCCUGAAGAAAGUGCCAUAGAUUUUGCUAACAGAGUCAAAGCAGAAAUUUCAAGACAGGGUGGCCUUGUUGAUUUAAUGUGGGAUGGACAACUCAAAAGGAUGAAAGUAAAAUCAGAGUGGAAAGAACAGCAACAAAUAGAAUACAGCAAAAGAUUAAAAAUUCAAUAAUGUCUACAAGCAUAAAUUGAAAAUAUUGCUGAUAAUCUUUUCACAAGACUAUCAGCAACUGUCAGUCUUAAAUGAAUCGAAAAAAUGCCAAAAACUGUUUUAUCCAAAAUCAUUCAUACAUACAUAUUGUGUUUAUGGUACAUUGUGUGGAUUCCAUAUUUUUUAUCUUCCCAAGCAUUAGUUACUGUAUUUUAAAAACAAGGGCAAAAAUUAUCUAGUCAACGUUUCUUGAAAAUUUUGUCCAAAAAUUUUGUAACAAACUGCUGCUUUCGAGAGCUAAACUAUUCUGUAAAUUGUGGGACCAAUUUAAGGUUCUGUCUCAAUUAUUUGGUGCUAAAUUAAGCUAACCGAAAAUUGUUAACUGUACACAUUAAAUCAUUUGUUUAAAAAAAACCAA